AUGUUCGUUUUACUCAUCGUGUUAUAUUUGCAAAUAUUAUCAUGGAAAAAAAGUGAAACAGUUCGAUUGGAAUACAAAUAUUCUGCGGAACAACGUUUAACAUAUUCUGAAAUUGAAAUAAUUGAACGUCGUGAUGUUGAAAAAGGUCUUGAUGAAACAAUUGAAUAUAUUGAAAUGAAUUAUACAGAAGUAAUUGUUAAAAUAAAAUCUAUUGAAAAUAUUCAAAGAAAAAAAAAUUCUAUUCGAAUGUUUCCAUUUAAUCGAUAUAAAUAUGAACAAUUAUUUGAAACAACUUAUCGAAUAAUUGAAGAUCAAACAAUAAAUCAUCCUGGUGAAUUAUCAUCAUUAAAUGGACGAAUUCUAUUACCACCACCAAAUCAACCAAAUUUUCCUCAAAAUCAUAUUCAAAUAGGAUCGACUUGGAUAAUACCAAUUCAAAAUUCGUUAGGAGAAAUUCAAUAUAAAUUAAUUGAUAUUGAUGAUAAUAAAAUAGCUUAUAUCGUAUUUGAAGGUGAUCUUAUUAUGAAUUUUGAUGCACGUUUAACUGGAAAAUGGACUUUCGAUAUUGAAAAAGGUAUUACAUUAACACAAGAAAUAGUUAGUUCUUCAUCGAUGUUAGCAGAUUACAGACUAACCAAAAUAAUAACAAAAAAACUUUUAUCAAUUAACUAA